ACUUACAUUAGCGCCAUAUCCCACGGCCAGUGACAAUACUAUCUGCGUCCUAAUUCACAUUCCGCUCGUGCAGUACAAAAGCUAGAAAAUAGGCCUGCGUCCCGAGAUCAGCAGUCGCACUGUCAGCCAUGAGCGGGAGGAUGAUCCUGAUCCCGUUCAUUUUCCUCCUGUUGUGGAACGAAGGAGAGGCUCAGUGCGCCGACGGCGACGUCGUAUUAGUCGACGGCAGCGGACCUCACGAAGGAACGGUGCAAGUGUGUGUUAGCGGGUCGUGGGGGACCGUCUGCGAUGACGACUGGGGCAACAGCGAUGCUGCGGUAGUUUGCAGGCAGCUCGGAUACUCCACAACUGGAGCAACAGCUUUGAGCAGUGCACAUUUUGGGACCGGCAGUGGUUCCAUACUAAUGGACGAUGUAGCCUGCACGGGGACCGAGACACGGCUUUCUUCAUGCUCCCAUUCCUCAAGCAAUAACUGUGACCACAAUGAAGACGCGUCGGUGAGGUGUCGGUGUGCCAAUGGCCAGGUGUCCCUCGUAGGAGGAACAGGGCCCCACGAAGGAAGGGUUCAAGUGUGCAUUAACGGCAUAUGGGGAACUGUCUGUGAUGACAGUUGGAGCACCAAUGAUGCAAUUGUACUUUGCAGGCAACUGGGAUACUCAACAACUGGAGCUACUGCUAUAAGCAGUGCACACUUUGGACCUGGUAGUGGGUCCGUACUUAUGGACGAAGUGGCCUGUUUAGGGACUGAGUCGUGGCUGACUUCGUGCGUCCAUGCUUCAAGUCACGAUUGCAGCCACAGCGAAGAUGCCUCUGUGCGGUGCGGUUGCAUCAGUGGAGCUAUUGGUCUGUUUGGCGGUGGAGGGCUCCACGAGGGUAGAGUUCACGUGUGCCUCAACGGAGUGUGGGGCACCGUAUGUGAUGACAACUGGAGCAGUAAUGAUGCCUCAGUGGUUUGUAGGCAGCUUGGAUAUAGCACAACAGGAGCAAUGGCUCUGAGCAGGCAUACUUUGGACCAGGAAAUGGGUCCAUACUGAUGGACGAGGUAGCCUGUACCGGUACAGAGACAAGACUGACCUCGUGCACCCAUACAACAACCCACGACUGCAGUCAUAUGGAAGAUGCCUCAGUGCGAUGUGGUCAUCGUUGUACCAGCGGAGACGUGACGGUGGUCGGAGGAACUGGGCUACACCAGGGACGAGUGGAGGUGUGCGUCAGUGGAGUGUGGGGGACAGUGUGUGACGACAUUUGGACUAGCAAUGAUGCAAUUGUUGUCUGUAGGCAGCUUGGAUACACCACCAUAGGAGCAUCAGCUUUGAGUGGUGCAUUCUACGGUGCUGGUAGUGGUUCGAUAUUCAUGGACGAUGUGGCCUGCACUGGGACCGAAGCGCGUCUUCCCUCUUGUACCCAUAUCACAAACCACAACUGUGGCCACGGAGAAGAUGCCUCGGUGCGAUGUCCCCUCACACAACAGGCAUCAGCAACUGGGAUUUGCAUGCGAAUUUUCUCCUACACUGACUACCGAUCAGUCCGAACAAGUGUUUCCAGUUUAGUUUCAUCUUGCUGCGGACUUUUCUGCUGGAGUCGCUGUUAUAGGAGAACGUAUACAACAAGAUAUGUUACCCAGUCCCAUGUGGUCUAUAGAGCUGUCCCUGUUUGUUGUGCCGGUUACUCAGGAGAUGGACACACCUGCACUCCAUUGUGUGGUACCGGAUGUGUCAAUGGAAGAUGCACUAGUCCAGGAGUGUGUACAUGUUAUAAUGGAUGGACAGGACUCAAAUGUGAUCGAGCACUCUGCAACCCAAGAUGUGUCAAUGGACGAUGCUCGAGACCAAAUCAAUGCUCCUGUUACAGUGGCUGGGGAGGCAGCAUCUGUGAUGGACAGACAUGUCCUGGGAGAGAGGGGGCGAUAAGGCUGGCUGGAGGAGUCACACUGAUGAGUGGACGGGUGGAGGUGUGCAGUGGAGGAGUGUGGGGAACAGUGUGCAACGAUCUGUGGGACAACUUUGAUGCAAGUGUAGCCUGUUUCCAGCUGGGCUUCUCGAGAUAUCAUUCUGUUGGAUCCACAUCUGGUUCACCUGGCACUGGUCCAAUUCACAUGGACGAUGUGCACUGCAUAGGGACAGAGACCAGUCUCUCACAGUGUCCUCACUCCACGCGCCACAACUGUGACCAUAGUGAAGACGCUAGCGUUACCUGUGCAACACGUGUAUGUGUUGAUGGCGCUGUUCGUCUCAUUGAUGCUCAAGGAGCAGCGGUGACCCGAGGGAGCAUCAGAAAGGGGCGUGUGGAAGUGUGCAUAAACGAGACGUGGGGAACAGUUUGCGACGAGAGCUGGUCGAGAAACGACGCCAAAGUUGUGUGUGCACAACUUGGACACCUAACGUCCGGUGCAAGGAGCUACUCAGAUGCACUGUUUGGUCAGGGAAAUGGGUCGAUCCUCUUGAACAAUGUUGCCUGUACCGGAAGUGAGAAUUCCCUACUUGACUGCACCUCUGACCCCAUCGGUACAGUUGGAGGCUGUAUACAUGCAGACGACGCUGGGGUCAGCUGCCGGACAUCAAUGUGCACCAACGGAGACCUGUACCUGGUGGACGGGGUGUCUGAAAACGAGGGGAGGCUGGAAAUAUGCCACAGCAACCAGUGGGGAACAGUCUGUGAUGACCUCUGGGACUCACAUGCUACAGGAGUGGCCUGCAGACAGCUAGGAGUCAGUGACUCCACACACGUGAGAUGGUUGACCAACAACAUGUUCAGCACUGCUCCCUCGUCAGUCUCCAUACUACUGGACGAUGUCCAGUGUACUGGGUCUGAGGCAACUCUACUCAACUGCCCACACAGGCCCAUCGGUCAAGACAACUGUGGACACUCUGAAGACGUCAGCAUCAGAUGUGGUGUGUGUGGGGAAGGAGAUGUGAGGUUAGUGGACGGUAACAGUCACAAUGAAGGGAGGGUGGAGGUGUGUAUUCGUGGGCAGUGGGGCACCAUUUGUGAUGACGGUUGGAGUUUUUUCGAUGCCAUCGUCGUAUGCAGACAACUUGGCUACCCUGCCUUAGGAGCAAGUGCAAUAGGUGGACAAUCCUUCACCCCCAACUUCUCACUACCAAUACUGAUGGAUGGUUUGAGUUGCGGCAGCAGUGAACGCAAUUUGACUGAAUGUCGCCACAGAGGCGCUGCUAACCUUGGGGCAUGUUCCCACAGGGAAGACGCGAGGAUACGCUGUCCAUUACCUCCACCAAGUGCUCCUCAGAGUAUCAGAGCUCUCAACGUGUCUAACACUUCCAUUCAAUUGUCGUGGUCCCCUCCCUCUCCAUCGCAACCUCCCUCCGCUCCUGUCACUGGGUACUCGAUCACCUGCUCGGCAACUGGAAGGCCGACACGCAGAGCUCAAACCUCCAGUACCUCAGUGACUGUUGGGUCUCUACUGCCGUAUACCACGUACUCUUGUUGUGUGGCGGCCCGCAGCUCUUCAGGGACUGGAGAAAGUGCCUGUCAAUCACUGCAAACGACAGAUACAACCCCGUCUGACCCUCCUCAAAGUUUUGUCGCAGUCGCUAUCUCAUCUCGCUCCAUACGAGUCUCCUGGCAACCACCGACAACACCCAAUGGAAGGGUAACAGGGUACCUUAUCCAGGUCACUGAAGCAAACACUAACACAGGGAGGCAACUGAGGUCCUCCUCGCUAACACGGACAGUCACCCGGCUACAUCCAUAUUAUAACUAUGACAUAAGCGUUGCCGCAGUGACUGUGGGAACGGGACCUUACUCUCCAACGAUCAGGAUUCAAACAUUUUCAGAUGUUCCUAGUAGUUCGCCACUUUUCUUCUCUUCAAGUAUGGUCACAUCAACCUCAUUCAGAGUGACAUGGCAACCACCAAGCCCUCAGGAUCACAACGGGAUUAUCACAUACUACAGACUACGCGUGGAGAACCAGCGCUCGUUGACUUCCCGUUCCAUCACCGUCCAGCCAUCAUCAAUACCAUAUACUGUUAGAAACGUGUCACCUUUCACGGUGUACAAUUGGUCAGUUGCUGCGGCCACUGUCAAUGGAACUGGACCCUAUUCCUCAGACUACUCCGUUCAAACAUUGGUUGUGCCACCAUCAGGUCCCCCUCAGUCUGUUGAACACACCGUACUCAGUCCCACGUCUCUUCGACUGACUUGGGACCCUCCGAGAAUCGAGCACCAGAAUGGCGCCAUCAGUAGCUACCACGUUCAGUUGAACGAUACAGCUGGCGUGAGAACCGUCACUGGGACCUCAUACACUGCCAACAACCUCCGCCCGGGCACUAUCUACGGCUACCGCAUUGCAGCUUUCACAGUAGGCCUUGGUCCAUACAGUCAAUGGCAAUAUGUGAGAAUGACAGAAACACCUCCAGGGGCUCCAAGGAAUGUCAGAGUACAACAGCGAAGGCUCACAUCCAUUACUGUCGCCUGGCAACCGCCUCCUUUGGAUCAACAGAACGGAGUCAUCGUCAGCUAUACAGUCCACAUCACCCCUCAGGGGGGGUCUGCUUACACCCGAGUCACCACGGCUCUUAGCUUCUUGGCUUCAUCUCUGCUACCAAACACAGAGUACUCAUUUGCAGUGGCUGCCAGUACAGCAGCUGGUAGGGGGUCAUACAGCAGUCCAUCUUUGAGAGCAAGAACUAUUCCUCCAGAUGAGACGAGCCCCCCAAGGGACAUCACCCUGAUAGUACUGGAUCACGAAAGGAUUCUAGUUACGUGGAGCCCUCCUCCAGUACAUCAACAGAGCGGUACCAUCGAUAGCUAUCAAGUGCUUGUGAUUGAGGAGGGUUCUGGGAGAACCUGGGUAGAAACAUCACGUUUGCUGCGGUUGGCCCUAAACAACCUUCUUCCAUCUACUACCUACAACGUGCAAGUGCGUGCAGUACCAGACACGGGAUCUGGUAUAUACAGUGGAACUGUCAUUGCCACAACCAAUGUAACACGUCCUGGAGACUCUCCUACCAUAACUACCUUCAGCUCAACUUCACGCUCAGUGUUCCUGCAGUGGAUUCCCCCACCGACAAAUCUGCAGUAUGGUACCAUCACUGGCUACAUCAUUGACUACCUCGAAGAUGGCGUACUAAGGACGAUCUCUGUAGCUGCUAAUGUGCUGCAGUACACGAUCCAGGCAACUCCGCACACAGAGUAUGUGUUAGGUGUGGCCGCUGUCAACUUAGCGGGUCGUGGUCCCCUCAGUAACACUGUAGAGCUGCACACUCAAGAAGAGGCACCAAGCCAUGCUCCUCUUGGACUAAUGGGAGUGCCCCUGAGUUCUGCUUCAAUUUCUCUGACUUGGGAGCCACCACCAGAGGAAAACCACCAUGGAGAUAUUGAUUCUUACACUGUCCUCUGCUCCGUAGUAAAUGAUGAAGAGACACUGACUCGGCACACAACUCCAACCACUAACAUCACAAUUACUAGUCUCCUUCCCUAUCGUACUUACAGCUGCAAUGUGUCAGCAUAUACUGUUGGACAUGGCCCCUUUACUGCCAUUAUCCUCACUACAACAUUUGAAGACGUUCCAACUGGACCUCCAAGUAAUCUUGCGGCAAAAGAUGUGGGGCCAGAUUCGGUGACUUUGACUUGGUCUGCGCCAGAGCCUGAUCUACGGAAUGGAAUCAUCCGCCACUACUUCAUCACUCUAUUCCCCAUAACCUCUCCUUCUUCUGUUACCUCACACAGAACUCCUACUUCCCUCACUAACCACACUGUGGGUGGGCUACAACCGUAUACUUCAUACAGUAUCUCAGUGGCUGCUGUGACCAUUGGUGUUGGACCUAGUUCUGGCUAUGAUGAGUUUGUUACAGAUGAAGCCGCACCUUCUGCACCACCAUAUUCUCUGCUACUGAAUCCAACAUCACCACAAGCACUAACUAUCAGUUGGGAACCACCUCCAAUUGAGUCUCGCAAUGGUAUGAUACGUCGCUACCGCAUCAGACUUUGGGAGGAAGAGACCAUGACCGAGAGGAGGAUAAACACACUUAGUAACGCCACGGUCUUCGCUGUUGAUGACCUUCACCCAUACUACCACUACAAUGUCAGUGUGGCAGCUACGACUGUUGACAUAGGACCAUUCAGUUUUCAAGUAAAAGUACACAUGCCGGAAGCAGAACCAUCUGGCCCUCCAAGAGAUGUUGCAGGGAGGCCACUGAGCUCUACCUCAAUUCAUUUGCAGUGGGAGCCCCCAUCAUUUGAGGAACAAAACGGGGACAUUGAAUCGUACAAAGUACUGUGCUUUUCAGUUCAAAACGAUCCACUACUGCUCAGCUACACGACAACCACCACUGAUAUAACUAUCACUGGUCUUCAUCCAUACUACACCUACAAGUGUAAUGUGUCAGCGGUGACGGUGGGUGGGGGUCCAUUCAGUCGCUUUGCUGAUGUCACUACACUGGAGGAUGUUCCAGGACCUCCACAAGACCUCGCAAUUGUGGGAUUUAGAUCCAGAUAUGUGACAUUGUCCUGGACUCCACCACCAGAAGAAGACAAGAACGGAGAACUCCGGCAGUACAUUAUCCACGUGGUUCCAGAACAACCCUGGUUGGAAGCAAGCAAGUACAUGACAGCCGCGUCAGUGCUAUUCUACACCGUCCACGGGCUCCACCCUUACUCCAACUACUCAAUCAGUGUAGCUGCAUACACAAUAGCAUCCGGACCCAAUUCAACAGCAGUACAACUUCAAACACAGCAGGAAGCUCCAUCAGCAUCUCCCGUGGGUGUAUCUCUCAGUAUACUCUCACCAUACUCGCUCUUCAUUUCCUGGGAACCCCCACCGAAUGAUGCACGGAACGGAGAAAUUCUCCACUACAAUGUCCGCGUGGUCGCCUGGAUUGAUACAAACAGUGCUGCACUGUGGACAGCCACAGAGCUGGAAAUGACACUUGAGUCUCUACGUCCGAAUUUUGAGUACACAAUCAGCAUAGCAGCCACUACUGUAGCGCAAGGACCUUACAGUCCAGAGAUCUCUGUUACCAUGCCUGAAGCUCCACCAAGUAGAGCACCAACUGUAUCAGUAGGCAGUAUUGCAUCAGACUCUAUUCAAUUACAAUGGAUGCCCCUGGCAUUUGAGGACCAAAACGGGAUAAUUACUGGUUAUGUUGUAGAGUAUGGGAGUGACAGAAGUGGCAACCAUUCGGUAAAAGUGGAGUCGACGAGGUAUACCGUCCCAGCUCUUCCAUUUACUAGCUACUGGCUGAGAGUUGCUGCUAAUAAUUCUGCUGGUUUGGGUCCAUUCAGUGAAGCAGUAAUUGUGGAGACGUCACAAGAUGUUCCAUCGCAUGAACCACUAUCUCUGGAAGUUACAAAUGUCACUUCCACUUCAAUUCAGCUACAAUGGGAGCCGCCACCUUCAAUACAUCACAAUGGAGUCAUACGCUCCUAUGCUGUUCGUUGCUUCGUGCCCGAAACAAAGGAAAUCGUUGAGAGAAAUAGUAACAUUCCAGAGAUAACCAUCAGUGAACUGCAUCCUUUCUAUACGUACAGCUGCAAUGUAUCUGCAUCGACGCCGGUGGGUCCAGGACCAUUCACUGAUCCCGUAGUGAUCAAAACACUGCAAGAUGCACCAUCUGGUCAUCCUUACGAUAUCAUAAGCACCAACGCCACUCACAACAGCUUGGCUAUAUCGUGGACCCAACCUAAUCCAUCUCAGUGGAAUGGAAUCAUUCAGUACUACAUCAUAUACAUAAGACAAGUGGAGCCACCGAGCAGUUAUGCAGUUUACACUACAUCCUCAACCAAUGUAACUGUCACUGGGCUCCACCCUUACACCCACCACGAUAUCAAGCUGGCUGCAUUCACUAUUGCACGUGGCCCAAACUCAACUGCUCAAACCUUUAGAACAAGCGAGACUGUUUCCACAGGUCCACCUCGGGAUGUAACGGCCCACCCAAUUUCUUCAACUGAUCUCACUAUCACUUGGAGGGAACCUCAGCCAGACAAGCAAAACGGGAAGAUCAGGCACUACAAUGUCUCCUUGUAUGAGCAAGCUACAGGGGAGAAGACUUGGUACCGGACCACUGAUGCGACGGCUCACUGGACUCUGCCACAUCUACAUCCGUACAGAGUCUAUCACAUCAGAGUGGCUGCAAUCACUAUAGGUCUCGGCACCUUCAGUGGAGAUGUAGUACUUCGCAUGCCCGAAGAUGCUCCAUCCAGCUCUCCUUCGAACCUGAGUCUCAUAGAGAAAGGAUCCAGCUAUGUUCUACUUGAGUGGCAACCUCCACCAAAAGAAUCACAUAAUGGUGUAAUCCGACAUUACAUUGUUGCACUGACAGAGGGGAACAGCACAGAAGCACUAAGAACCAAACUUCCGUCUCUUCACAGCCAUCUAUCAAUAUCGGGUCCCUGGAGCCAGGAAUCACAUACACCUGUGUCGUUUCAGCAGUAACCGUUUCAGUUGGCCCAUUCUCUGACCCAAUUUCAAUCACCACAGAUCCUGAUGUUGCUGGAACUGUAAAGGGACUUGUGGCGGUGGCUGUUUCUUCUCAAUCAAUGAACAUCUCCUGGUUUUCCUCCUGAUGAUAUUAACACGGCCAAUGAGAUUAUCGAAUACCAAGUACGCGUCGCACACUUUGGAGGGUCUGGUACUGAUGAUGGAUAUCUCACUACGACCGUUUCAAAGUCCAUAGUGGUGGGAGCUCUACAUCCUAACUACGUCUACCAGUGUUCCGUUACAUUCAGAACGCGUUCAGGCCUCGGGCCACUUUCUUUUGUGCUGGUUCAACUUCCUCCUGACAUACCUACUGGUUCUCCCAUGAACGUGACUGCCAUAGCAUCUGGCCCCACAACACUGCUUGUCCAUUGGAACCCCCCACCCCCAGAGGAACAAAACGGCGACAUAAUGCAGUAUGGGCUCAACAUCACCAACAUGGAACUUGGGGACACAACAACUCACUAUCUCAGUGGCUCGAGGACGUCUUUCAUAUUACAAAAUCUUCGCCCACACAAUGUGUACCAGUACAGAAUGACAGCCUAUACAGCAGUCGGAAAUGGACCGUAUUCACCUUCACAAACAAUACAGAUGCCAUCUGCAGGUAGCUACAUACAUACAGCACCUCCUAAUCCAACAGGGAAAAUGCUUUACCAAAGAACCCUCUCUGAAUUACAUACCCAUAAAGCAACUUCAGAUCCAUUUGAAAACGAGUUUCACAAAAUUGUACAACACCUUCACGCCCACCGCAUAACCAGUUUUACUCUCUGUCCUUUUGCAGCACCUUCGAGUCCACCACUCAAUCUGUCCCUGGAUGAAGUGGGAUCCAGCUAUGCUCUCUUGCGAUGGUCUCCUCCACCUCAGAGAGACCACAACGGAGUUAUCCAAAAUUACGUAAUCCACCGCAACAGCUCUCGAGGAGAGGUUGUAAACGUACACACUGCUGGGCCAGAGACGCACCUUCUGAUGAGCUCCUUGCAGCCUAACACGAAAUACAGUUGCGGUGUAGCUGCUGUGACUGUGUCCCCAGGUCCUCGGUCCACCGCCAUUAAAUUUCACCACUAACACCUCAGUUCCAGAUACAGUGCGGAAUCUCAAUGCAACAGUUCUGUCGACCCAGACACUGAACGUCUCCUGGCUCCCUCCGCAGGAUGGAGCCACCUACCUCGACUUCCGGGUAUCUGUCACUCCUCUCUACAGCAACAGUCAGUCCCGAAUGGCAACGACUGCGUCCACGAGCGUUGUCAUUACUGGUCUGCAGCCGGGAACCUUCUAUCUCUGUGUGGUUGCUGCGAGGACGAGUGCUGGGCUCCAUCAAUCAGUGAACGUAAUAUUGGUGGAGAUGCCAGCUGAUGCUCCGUCAGGUUAUCCUCGCAGUAUAUCUCACAUAGCGUCUGACUCCAGGACACUUCGCUUGUUCUGGAGUCCUCCGCCACUCGAGCACCAGAAUGGCAUAAUAGUCAAGUAUGCUAUGAACGUAAUGGAGUUGGAGACAAACAAACUGAGCCAGUACCUGACCCGAGAUUCAAGCACUACAUUUGUCAUACGCAACCUUCAUCCUCACUACAACUACAACUAUACAGUGGCUGCAUUCACGUCGGCAGGAAGCGGGCCACACUCUCCCACUACCCAUGUACAAAUGCCAGAAGAUAUUCCAGAUGCUUUUCCAAGGAACCUGACAGCUAUCAACAGUGGCCCACAAGGCGUUUUCCUCAGCUGGGUUCCUCCACCUCUUAACAAACACAACGGAGUGAUUACCGGCUAUGUUGUAAAGAUAAUAGGCCUGAGAGAAUUGGUUGUAGACAAUACUACAAGUCACAGUAUUGGUGGUUUGAAUGCGUCAUCUUCAUACAGCUUUUCAGUAGCCGCCAAAACUAGUGUUGGACCUGGACCAUUUUCCGAGCCAGUAUCUCUCGUUACCCAUCAUGGAGAGUCCCCAGCUCCAGAAGGCGUUUCAGCAGAGAGAAUAUCAGCCACCCAGAUCAGAGUUACCUGGCCGGCGGUUGAGGACAACGCAGCAAACUCCCCCAUCCUGUCCUACGUGGUCAAGUAUUAUCCCGUCAGGAGUGACCCUCGGUCACGAAGAGAAGAACCAGACUUCAAACUAAUCCAGACGGACACUAAUGUGACGAUUGGUGGCCUUGUCCCCAGUCUGACGUAUGGAGUGGCUGUUGCAACCAAUACAGAGUUUGGUACUGGAACCUUUAGUGAUGUUAUAACUGUUGGACUGUCAGAGUACAGCCGCUUUCAAUUGUUCUUUACUGGAGCAAUAGACUGUCAGCAAUGGAUUCUCUACCAUGUAGAUGCAAAACUAAAGUCUAUGAAAGAUUCACUAGUGCCUGAACUGGAGAAGAGCUGCCAGUGUCAGUUCUCUGUAGACUACCUGGAGGUGGACCAGCUCCAGUGCAUCUCAGCCCACACCGACUGGCUCAUAGUGUUGGGCAGAAUAAUAGGAACCAACCUCACUGAUAGCAAAGAUAUCAGGGACAAACUUCAAGAAUGGAGCGAUAUGGAGUCAAAGGCCGUAAUUGAAGGGGUUCACUUAACAACACUGCAAUUUUGCUCAGUUCCUCUUGAAGGGGAAGAUCUGCCAUACUGUGAGACACCUACAGCUGUGACAGAUGCUGACAAAAGAAGCGAUGCUUCUGAGGGCGAACCACUGUCCUCAAACCUCACCUAUUCCAUUGUGGGUGUGGUGGUCGUAAUGCUGAUGAUGAUUUUCGCAGUUUUAGUGUGCAUUGGAACAGUGUCGCUUUACAGGAAGAAGAAAGUGCGGGAUCGCCAGUUACAAUUCCAUUCAGCACAUCCACUCAAUCAUUUAAACACCACUUUCGGUGCUCCAAGUACUGCAGCAGCUGCUAAAUCCAAGCCUGUGGAAGACGAUGACAGCAAUGUGUACGAGCAGGCAGACAGCAUCUACGAGACAAUUCUCGACUCCGAAUCCCCAUACUCUCACCCUUCACCCCACCCUCCUCCUCCUCUGCCUAUUCCCAACAAUACCCUACCUUUCGAAGAGCAGCAAAAUGCAGCCCCUGCUACCGGAGGCAAUCCCGAGCCUUACUCAAAAACACAGUUUUUCCCCUCCAAAGAUCUCUCGAAGCGCUGCCCGUCCCCCUGUCGAUUACUCACUUUUGAAUCCAAAUGCUGCUCUCUCAUUGCCAGGGCGUGAGACGGAGUAUGCAUCCGUCAACGACACGGCUUGUAUAGCGAGUCAGCUUAACACCGGUGAUGACUAUGUUCCGAUGUACGAUGACACCGUUGCUAAAGAAGGUGGAGACAGCACGACUACAAGGUCCGCCUACCAGAAUAUUGCUCGCGAGUCUCUCGACAAAGAGAAUGACUAUCAGGUACCUCGACCGGUGAAACCAGAAACAGAGGGUCAGGAGGAAGGAGCAAAACACCACUAUGCCAACUUUGUUGCAGGCAUGAAGACUCAAUGACAUUGUGUGUGUGGACAAAACAAACUUGUAGCUAAUAAUAUGCCAGUCACCUUUUGCAGCAAGAGUACUAUAGCUACCAUAUUAUAUUUAACAACAAUACCUCCAACAACAAGACCUCCUAACGUGCUCCCUCCUACGCCUAUUGCACAGUUACACAUGGC